AUUAAAAUAUAAGCGCACAUAUAUUAUAUAUACGUGUACAUAAAAUUAAAGCUCACACACGUGCAUCACACCAGUGUCCAAUCAAAUCAUUACUUUAUCGUAGUACGCAUUGUGUAUUGUGGUGUCUGUGCUCUGUGUGUUGAGGCGGUUUCUAACAGGGCGGAGCACUUCCAUGUCCACAGUCCUCGAGCCUUACUUGUAACGAUUAUUUAAUAAAAAAAUAACUGUACAGUUAUAUUAUAUUCGGUAAAUAAAAUUGUGCAAUACAGCAUCAAGGAGCGGAGCAUCAUCAAUCACGUGUCUCAGGAUCUCGAACUAUGGAGGUCCUGACAAAUAUAUCCUCGAGGUUUUGGUCUCCUGACAUUUGGUUGCCACCAAAUAUAACGUGGGAUGAUAUUAGUCCUAAUUCGGAAAACAAGUAUGCGGAUUAUCAUCACCUUUUAUAUCCAUUGCCGAUGGCCCUUGGCCUCCUGUUAGUCAGAUACGCUUUAGAGAAAUACUGCUUUGCUCCGUUUGGGAAAUCACUGGGUAUCAAAACAUCCAGAUCGAAGAAGGCACCACCAAAUGCGUUGCUGGAGAAAGCUUACAGCAAGAGGAUAAAACACAAGCAAAUAACGGCACUAGCUAAACAAUUAGACUGGUCUGAAAGACAAGUCGAGAGGUGGUUACGAUUAAGGCGGUCUCAAGACAAACCUUCAACUCUUACCAAAUUCUGUGAAAACUGUUUUAGAUGUCUUUAUUAUACCCUUAUAUUUAUCUACGGACUCAUCGUCCUCUGGGACAAACCCUGGCUCUGGGACAUAAAGUACUGCUACUACGGCUACCCGUACCACGCGGUGACAAAUGACGUCUGGUGGUACUACAUGAUUUCAAUAUCUUUCUACUGCUCGCUCAGCAUUUCCCAGUUCUUUGACGUUAAAAGAAAAGAUUUCUGGCAAAUGUUUAUCCACCACAAAGCCACCAUUAUGCUCAUGAGCUUCUCCUGGGUUUGCAAUCUCACACGGAUCGGUUCUCUUGUAUUAGUUGUACAUGACUGCGCUGAUAUCUUCUUAGAAGCUGCCAAGAUGGCUAAGUAUGCUAAUUAUCAAAAGACUUGUGAUGCUAUCUUUUGUAUUUUUACUAUUUUGUGGUUGAUAACGCGGAUGGUUAUCUAUCCAAUGUGGAUUAUUUACAGUACAUCAGUAUCAGCACCCACAAUUGUAACCAUGUUCCCAGCAUAUUAUAUAUUUAACUCAUUAUUAAUAUUACUGUUUGUUUUACAUACUAUUUGGACCUACUUGAUUUUAAAAAUUGCCUACAAUGCAUUCUACGCCGGUCAGAUGGAGGGCGAUAUCCGCAGCAACAGCAGUGAAGAGGUUUCUGAUGAUAGUCUAGUAAAUGAUCUAGCAAACAAUUCAAGUAAUCAUUUGAAAUCGGAAAAACAGCACUAAUGUAAUUGGUAGUCGAUAAAUUCACACAAAUGGCUUAAACGAUCAAUUUAUUAAUAAUGAUAAUAAUAAUAGUUUUUAAAUUAAUAAAUUUUAAAUAUUUAAAAUCAUAAACUUUUAAUAUUUAUUAAAAAGUUAACAAGAUAGCUAUCAAUUUAAUUUGUUCAAAGUCAAAAACAACUUACGCUUCAUUUUAUUUAUUUAAACCAAAUAUGUUCACAAAUAAAUUUAAAUAAUAAUAGUAAUAAUAAUAAUAUUAAUAAUAAUAAUAAUAAUAAUAAUAAUAAUAGUAAUGCAACAACUGAUGGUAUUAAAAUGAACUGAGUGUUGAAUGAUGAAAAAGUAAAGUGUCCUAAAUAUAAAUAUUAUUUAUAUUCCGACAUAUGUAAAUUACUUAGCGAUGAGUAUUAAUGUCAGUUAAAACAAUUGAAUAAAUAAAAUAAAAGUACUAAGUGCAUGUGAGAUAAAGAUGGACGAUUUAAAAACUAUGUUGUGCUAGAAUUUUGGAGUUGUACAAGGAAAUAUGUUUAAUGAGCUAGUAAUUGAGAAUGUACAUUAAAUUAAUGAGACAUGUUAACGAAAAAAAAUAUACAGUAAUGAGGAUGUAAAUAACGUAUGUAGUUUUAGUUAACAUCAAACUAUUUUGCUUUUUGUCUCCUGUGAGUUUUUAAAGCGUUAUUAAUAUUUAAUGACCUAAAUUAUUUUUUCACAUCAAUAAAAUUGUUUUAAAUUAUUAAUAUUUUGCUAUUUUACUUUAACUGUUUUUAUAUUUUUUUUUUUUUUGAAAGUUUUUCAUUUCCUUUCGCUUAUUUCACUGUAAUUAGAUCCAAUUAGUACUGAGUCAACACAUUCCAAGUUUCUUUUCAAAACCGUGCAAAGCCUAAAGUUACUUGACUAAAUUAAGCCGCUGUAAAAAAAAUUGAAGAAUUUAGUUUUAAAUUGACCAUGACAAUGUUUAUGUUGUUUAUUAUUAAAUAUUUUUGUUUGCUAAUUUGUAAAGUGGUUAAUAAUUAAAUAAAUAAAUAAAUUGUGAAAUUUGUUAAAAGGUAAUUAGCUUUGUAUACAAGUGGGAUUAAGUGAACAAAUGAGUUUGCAGAAGAGUCCUUAGCGUAGUCUUUCAAUAUGUAAUUUGCGAUAUGAUUAUAAUAAAAAAAAAUGGACACGAAAAAAAAGGAUGUAAGAAUUAUGUCUUGAAGACGGUUACUUGUAAUUUGCGUAAUCUGCAAUUUCUCAUACGUCCUCCUUUAUAUUUUACUAAAACAAUAGUAGUCUUAUGAAACAACUAAAGAAAAAAAUAUAAACAAAAUAUUUAAUAACUUAAAAAAAACUAUAAGAUGUAUGUAUGACUGUAAAAAUCAAAUGAAAUAUUAAAUGUACUUGAUAUUAAAAUAAUAGUAAUCAUAACUUACUGUCAUCACUUUCUAUGUAUUUAAAUAAAUAUU